AUGGAUCCCGCAACGCUGCAUGCGGCCGUUUGCCGCGCCGAUGCGGACGAUCCCCGGUUGCUCGGCCGGCGCAGCGUGGGAAAGGCGAAAAACCAAGAGAAGCUCCCCCCGGAGGAGCCGUUGCUGCGUCCGGGGAGAGCCAAAGUCUUGCAGGAGGUGAAGGUACGAGCUGCCAAAUGCAAAGAGUCGGAGAUUCUUGGGCUCCUACGGGAGGGCAUGUUCGUGACGAUCCACGAGGUGUGCACCAAGUCAGCGCACGUGGAAUAUGGACUGACCGGCCUGGUCGGAUGGGUCACCUUGAGGAGGAACUCCGAACCGGUGCUUAAGGAGGAUCCCUGGUCCCAUCGACCUCCUGUGAAGAAGGUGCCUAAAGCUUCAGAGCCACCACCGGAACCAGAAGCGUUUGAGACAGUCAAUUUGCAGGAGCCGUUGCUACGUCCGGGGAGAGCCAAAGUCUUGCAGGAGGUGGAGGUACGAGCUGCCAAAUGCAAAGAGUCAGAGAUUAUUGGGCUCCUACGGGAGGGCAUGUUCGUGACGAUCCACGAGGUGUGCACCAAGUCAGCGCACGUGGAAUAUGGACUGACCGGCCUGGUCGGAUGGGUCACCUUGAGGAGGAACUCCGAACCGGUGCUUAAGGAGGAUCCCUGGGCCUUUCGACCUGCCGUGAAGAGGGUGCCCCAAGCUUCAGAGCCGCCACCGGAGCCAGAAGCUUUUGAGACAGUCAAUUUGCAGGAGCCGUUGCUACGUCCGGGGAGAGCCAAAGUCUUGCAGGAGGUGGAGGUACGAGCUGCCAAAUGCGAAGAGUCAGAGAUUCUGGGGCUCCUACGGGAGGGCAUGUUCGUGACGAUCCACGAGGUGUGCACCAAGUCAGCGCACGUGGAAUAUGGACUGACCGGCCUGGUCGGAUGGGUCACCUUGAGGAGGAACUCCGAACCGGUGCUUAAGGAGGAUCCCUGGGCCUUUCGACCUGCCGUGAAGAGGGUGCCCCAAGCUUCAGAGCCGCCACCGGAGCCAGAAGCUUUUGAGAAAGUCAAUGCCAAACUUGCCGCUGCGCGCCCUUGCAACAAAGCCGCAGGCAGCUCGGCAGGGGAUCACCGCAGCUUGCCUGAGCCGGCGUGGACGCGGAUCCAUGACAGGUUUCAGGCAGAACUUGCCAAUCGCUUGUUAUCAAAGUCACAAAGUCCAGAUGUCGAAAACGUCGCAUGCAGAGCCGAAUUCAUCGGCGAUCAUCGCAGCCUGCCUGAGACAGCUUGGCUGCGAAUCCACGAGAGGUUUCGGGGAGAGCCUGUCCACUGCUCACAGUUUCAAGAUGGCGAAGCCAUCACAAGCAGACCCACCUCCAGCCUCGACCAAGGAAGUUUGCGCAAGUCAGCAUGGAAGAGGAUCCAGGACACGUGGAAGAGUAUCCGUAACAGAUUUCAGGGGGAAGCCGUCCCUUGCAAGAAAUCGUCGCAUUCACCAGUUCGGCGUGCGGAAGUCAGCACGGGCAGAGCCGACUGCAGCGGCGAUCACCGAAGCUUGCCUGAGGCAGCAUGGAAGGUAAUCCAUGACAGAUUCCGCACAGACAGUGCUCCCUGCAUGUCGUCUACACGAGAUGUCGCUCCCGUCAGAGCCUACUGCAGCGGCGAUCACCGAAGCUUGCCUGAGGCAGCAUGGAAGGUGAUCCAUGACAGAUUCCGCACAGACAGUGCUCCCUGCAUGUCGUCUGCACGAGAUGUCGCUCCCGUCAGAGCCUACUGCAGCGGCGAUCACCGAAGCUUGCCUGAGGCAGCAUGGAAGGUAAUCCAUGACAGAUUCCGCACAGACAGUGCUCCCUGCAUGUCGUCUACACGAGAUGUCGCUCCCGUCAGAGCCUACUGCAGCGGCGAUCACCGAAGCUUGCCUGAGGCAGCAUGGAAAGUAAUCCAUGGCAGAUUCCGCACAGACAGUGCCCACUGCACGUCGUCUACACGAGAUGUCGCUCCCGUCAGAGCCUACUGCAGUGGUGAUUAUCGAAGCUUGCCUGAGGCAGCAUGGAAGGGAAUCCAUGACAGAUUCCACACAGACAGUGCUCCCUGCAUGUUUUCUACACGAGAUGUCGCUCCCGUCAGAGCCGACUGCAGCGGCGAUCACCGAAGCUUGCCUGAGGCAGCAUGGAAGGUAAUCCAUGACAGAUUCCGCACAGACAGUGCUCCCUGCAUGUCGUCUACACGAGAUGUCGCUCCCGUCAGAGCCUACUGCAGCGGCGAUCACCGCACCUUGCCUGAGGCAGCAUGGAAGGUAAUCCAUGACAGAUUCCGCACAGACAGUGCUCCCUGCAUGUCGUCUACACGAGAUGUCGCUCCCGUCAGAGCCUACUGCAGCGGCGAUCACCGAAGCUUGCCUGAGGCAGCAUGGAAGGUAAUCCAUGACAGAUUCCGCACAGACAGUGCCCCCUGCUUGUCCUCUACAGAAGAUUUCGCACCCGUGCGAGCCGACUGCAGCGGCGAUCACCGCUGCUUGCCUGAGGCAGCGUGGAAGCUAAUCGUUGACAGAUUCCACGCACACAGUGCUCCCUGCAUGUCGUCUACACAAGAUUUCGCACCCGUCAGAGCCUACUGCAGCUGCGAUCACCGCACCUUGCCUGAGGCAGCAUGGAAGGUAAUCCAUGACAGAUUCCGCACAGACAGUGCCCCCUGCUUGUCGUCUCCAGAAGAUUUCGCACCCGUGCGAGCCGACUGCAGCGGCGAUCACCGAAGCUUGCCUGAGGCAGCAUGGAAGCGAAUCCACGACCAGUUUGAAGGUCCCUGUUCUCGUCCCAGUUCCACAGCUGUUUCCGACUGGUGGAUGGCCUUCUGGCAUCAAGCUGUGCGCGACCUAUGCUGCAGCCGGUGA